GAUAAAGCGUCGUUAGGUCGAUUGCGGUGUGUGAGCGUCAACAAUGGCUUCUUCGUCUUCAACAUCGGGUUCAGCUUCAGGUUCGGCGGUGACGGAGCGAAGAGGAAUACCAGGAGCUCAGUUCGUUGAAGAUGUUCAAACUUAUCUCACUCAAUCGGGUCUCGAUGUUGGCUCAGCCCUCGCUUUUCUCCAAGAAAGACUUCAGCAAUACAAGGUUGUUGAAAUGAAGCUUCUUGCUCAGCAAAGGGAUCUUCAGGUUUUAUUUCCUUAUACAUCUAAUACUUUAUGAUCUAUCUUAGAUAAG